AUGCCCGAGCGUGUCUUACGACAGUUUGGGCAUACACAGAGUAUACCCCCUGAUGUCCGUCAUGAGCUCCGACAUUACCAGCGGGACGAUCGGGUUGCUGUUGAUGAUGAUUUUUUGGCUUUCAUGGAUGUCCAGCUCCACCGUUGGGAGAACAGGUUGGGCACUUUAGCGGUGGUCGGCCAUUUGACUCCCAUUGAGCAUUACAUGCGCUGGUAUCAUCAGAUCACAUGCCGAUUGAUCGGCAACCCAGCUUUGCGUCCCCCUAGGGAUGUAGGAUACUCAGCACUCGCGGGGCAGUACGAGGCAUUGCUGGUGGCCGUACAGCGUUUACGCAUCUUGGGGUUAGAGCAUAUGCCUUACCCUGGGCUUGCGGGGCUUGCCGCGGAGAUGGUUAGGAUUUCUGAGGAUGGUAUCCGGCAGGCAGGCGAGAUUAGGCGCAUGGCGGAGCCUAUUCCGGAGGCUGAGUAUCAGGCAGCACCGGGUGCUCCAAGAGGAGAAGGCCGUGCUGGCAGAGGACGCCGCCGGUGGCAGCUCACCUAG